AUCAAAUGUCAAUUGUUGUGAUGUAGUAGGUAAACAGCAAAUUUUUUAUUUUUACAAUAAUUAUUUUCUUUUGUAGCUUUUUCUGUUAAUUUUAAUCAGUUUUUAAUUUUUUUAUUGUGUAGUGAUAGUACUUUUUGUUUUAUAAAAGCCAAAGAUAAAGAUGACUCUUAUUGGAAUAUUUUCUGGCGUAUUUUUGUUUCUGCCCUUUUCAAACAUUGUGUACUCCGAAAAAAUUGUAACUACUUCAAAAGAUAUUAAAUUACUUCCCACCUUACCACAGCAAUUGAACAAAACAUUAUUAAUUGCGAGUGAGGGUGGCCCUCUAACAAACACAACAGUGACAUUACCAAAAGAAAAUAACUCUAUGGUAAUAAAUUUAGAUACAGAUCUAGUGAAAAAUAAAACCAAUUCGGUAGUUCCACGAAAAGGUGUAAAAUACCACCUAACAAGUAAUGAACAAGAUUCACUUUCUAGUGGUGAUAUGAUCACGCUAGAUGAAAGUUCCAAUUUAACAAAUACUCUUAAACCUAUUUCAAACAAUAGUGGGUUGCAAAUAGAAGAAAAGAAUAAUAAAAGUAUAGUACAUAAGCCAACUGUACUUUCAUCACAAAUUUUGGACAAGUUGAGUGAAAACCUUGAAUUCCAACCAGAUGCCAAAGUAAAAAAGAUGCAUGAUAAUAGUCACCCUGAUCUUGUUAUGCCUAUUGUAAUAACUAUAUUAGUUGUACCAAUGUUUGCUGUUGUUGGAUACAUGGCUCUAAAAAGAGGUCAAGAAGCCUGGAAAAACCGACAUUAUAAAAGAAUGGAUUUUCUAUUGGAUGGAAUGUACAAUGAUUAAUAUCUAAGGAUCCAUCCAUUUUUUUUAUUUAUGUUAAAAUGAAAUUGAUUGUGAUUUUAGUGAUUAUUUUGGGGAGUGACCUACUCUACAAGUUGUGUUACUAUUAUAGUUAAUAAUAAUGAAUGUCUCUGUGUAAUAUGAUAUUGCAUUUUGUGACUAAUGAAAAAAAUUAUACAGAUUUAAGGUAUAAGCAAUAAAUGGUGCUGUAUUUGUAAAAUAUAUUGUGAUAAAAGAAUUUUUAUGAUGUCUGUGUUCAGAUUUCUGUUGAACAUUGACCAACUGCUGACAUGGCUCUUAUACAUACACCAGCAGCAAUAAAUUAAAAUACACAUUUUACAGUCCACUGGCAGCCUGUUUAUAUUGUACACAUAUUUUGUUUGUCUUCCAAUAUAUUUGUAUUCAUAACUUUACUAAGGAUUAUGU